CAAACCCAGAUCACACCCCUCACUACCCCACUCCCAUCAUACAAGAUGUCCUCCCUAAGCCAAGAGCAGAUCAAAACUCUCGAACAGUCCCGCCAACGUCUCAUCCAACUCACCCACUCCCUCGCCUCCCUCAUCACCAGUCUCAACCAAAGCGAUCCUCUUCCCUCAUGGACAUCCCUUCAAUCCCAAGCAACAAUCAUCUCCAACAACCUCCUCACCAUAUCCGAUCACCUCUCCGAUAACCGCGACCUCCUAGCCAAUGUCGUCGCCUACCCGGACGCAUCCUACCCCUCGCGCGUCCCAACCAACAAUGUCGCGCUGGAACAGGUUCUACGUACGAAACUCGACCCCAGAGUGGAGGAUUGGGUUGCUCGAGGUCGACGCGCUGGAACGACCGAUUCUGCGGCCCUAGGGCACGGACAGGGAUUGACUGAACAGGCACUCGCUGAUUUAUGGGAUUGGGCGCCAGUGGAGGCAAACCAGGAGGCGAGGAGGAGAAACUGGGGUGGGGACUAUACGCUGGAAGAGCGGGAAAUGGGAAUUGAGAAGGUGGUGACGGGUUUGGCGAGGGUGUUGGAUGAUGACGAUGAUGAUGACGAGGAUCAGAGUGACAGUGAGGAAGGGGAGGGCGAGGCCGAUGAGAUGGAGAUUGUUGGGGUUAGGAGGCGGUCCGGAGCUGGAGCUGGGUUGGAGUUUGAUAUUGCGGCUGCGAAUGCGACGCCUGGGGCUGGGCCGAAGGUCGUUGCGCCGGUGGUGCCUUUGGAUGAGAUUUUGAGGUUUAUGACUAUGGGCGCCGUGCCGGGACAGCGGUGAGAUUUUACUACAGCAGAAAUGUUUGGAAUAGAGCCAAAUAGAUUAAAAAUU